AUGUCGCCUCUGCGUUAUUCUUCCGCUUCCGAUCGGUCUUCUCAAGAGAGAUCACUAUUGAGCCCAGACGAUUGCCAAGAGUCGGUCCCCGACACGUCAUUGUCGGACACUACUCCAAAUAGUCAUGAGCUCACGUUCAACAAUGUUGUCAAUAUGGAACAUAUGGAGUUGUUUGUUCACUUGAUAACAAAUAAAGACUUGUUUAGUCUUGGUGACAAGUUCGGAGAUUUCCAACCCACCUUCGACAUUUGCAUCAAAAAGAGUGUCAAAGCGCCUUAUCUUCUUCAUCAGAUGUUGGCAUUCUGUGCACGUCAUCUCGCCGUGAUACAUCCUGAACGCUCUACACACCAUCUUAAUCAGGCUGUUGGUCUCCAGACACGCGCUGUCUCCCUGUUCAAUUCCACCAAACGCCAAGUUGAUGCAUCGAACUGCGUCCCCAUUCUGCUAUUUUCAGUCACGCUUGGUCAUCAUCUUCUAGCUGAUGCUUUAGCUAGUCGUGAUCCUGGUGGUCUGGAUGCGUUUAUUGGUCAGUACGUGCAGUGUGUGGAUAUGAAUCGCGGCAUAUACAAUGUGGUCAUCUCUGCAUGGCCUCUUCUUGUUGACUCAGAACUUGAACCAGUUCUUUCAUGGAGCCGAUGUCAGUCCGGCAAAGACCCAGUUGGCAACCACUGCUAUCCAGUUCUACAACUGAUCAAAGACUCGAACUCCCUCAAUGAUGCGGAGAGGGAUGUAUGCAGAGAAGCGACCGAGUACUUACAAGUUGGAUUUGAUGCAAUGGUUUUGGAGAAAGAGGGCGAGGAAAGCAACCGGUACCGAAUGAUCUUUCAGUGGACCAUGCUAGCAUCUCCAGAGUUUACGAAGCUCUUAACGGCCAAACAGCCCGAAGCUCUUAUAUUGCUGGGCUAUUAUGCGUUGCUGCUGCAUUACGGGAGGAAUCUAUGGCAGGUCAGAGAUACGGGAGCGUACCUGCUGGGUCUCAUCGUGGAGUAUGUCUCGCCAGAGUGGCAUUUUUGGCUUGAAUAUCCUAGAAGGAUGCUGAGGUGCAGUGUUGAGGAAUGA